CCACGUCUGCACCAGCUGCGGGGCAAGAUGGAGGCGCUGAUUUUGGAACCUUCCCUGUAUACUGUCAAAGCCAUCCUGAUUCUGGACAAUGAUGGAGAUCGACUUUUUGCCAAGUACUAUGAUGAUACCUACCCAAGUGUCAAGGAGCAAAAAGCCUUUGAGAAGAACAUUUUCAACAAGACUCAUCGAACUGACAGUGAAAUUGCCCUCUUGGAAGGCCUAACAGUGGUAUACAAAAGCAGUAUUGAUCUCUAUUUCUAUGUGAUUGGCAGCUCUUAUGAAAAUGAGUUGAUGCUCAUGGCUGUUCUGAACUGCCUGUUUGACUCAUUGAGCCAGAUGCUGAGGAAAAAUGUAGAAAAGCGAGCUCUGCUGGAGAAUAUGGAAGGACUCUUCUUGGCUGUGGAUGAAAUCGUGGAUGGAGGGGUGAUCCUAGAGAGUGAUCCUCAACAAGUGGUACAUCGGGUGGCAUUAAGGGGUGAAGAUGUCCCCCUUACCGAGCAGACCGUGUCUCAGGUGCUGCAGUCAGCCAAAGAACAGAUCAAGUGGUCACUGCUUAGGUGAAGACCUCACUGUUCCUGGCUCCUCACCUCCCUCAAAACAUCGCAUGUCUACUGUGAUUUCUCACCCAGUCCCCCAACUGAUGCUCUCAGGGUCAUCUUGGGGAUCACAAGGAAUCCUUAAAUCUCCAUCCUAUCUGUGGUUGUGGUCUCCCCCCCCCCCCACCCCCCACUCCCCACCCAACGUUUCCUGUUUCACUCUUCUUAGAGUUCUGGGAGUAAAGGUCCCAUCAGAUACAGGACAUGGGAAACAACAUCUUCCUUUCGAGACUGGGUUAUGCUCCCAUGCUCUCCUAUCUCCCAUAUUUUCUCCUCAACUUUUAUGCCCUUUGCUGCAGCUAUGCUUCAGAUCAAAGUAGGAGAAAGAA